AUGAGCGACAUCGAGAAAAACUAUGAUUCGGCAGCGCCGAAUGCUGCAAGGGAGAGCGACGAGAUUGGGGGCCAGCUGGAAGGCGUGGAUCUAGUCUUUGAGGCGAAGCUUGUACGCAAGCUUGAUCUUUUCAUCAUUCCAGUAGUGAUGCUGUUGUAUCUCUUCAGCUUUCUCGACAGAGUGAACAUUGGCAAUGCGCGUCUAUACGGCCUUCAGGAAGACCUCAACAUGGGCGACUCGCAAUUCCAAACAGCUGUUUCGAUUCUUUUCGUAACAUACAUCUUAUCUGAGCUCCCCUCGAAUCUGGUCCUGAAGAAACUCACGCCCUCGCGAUGGAUAUCUUUCAUCACUGUAGCAUGGGGCAUCAUCGCGACUUUGACUGGCGUAGCACAAAGCUACGGUGGGCUCAUCGCAUGCCGUCUGCUUCUAGGAGCCGUGGAAGGAGGACUGUUUCCUGGAAUGGCCAUCUAUCUAACCUUCUUCUACACCAACCGCGAACUUGCCCUCCGCAUCGGCUACCUCUUCGUCUCAUCCGCACUCGCAGGCGCGUGUGGCGGUCUUCUUGCCUACGGAAUCGGACACAUGGACGGCACAGCUGGGAUGCGAGGCUGGAGAUGGAUCAUGAUCAUAGAGGGUAUCCCAACGUUCAUUCUCGGCAUUGCAACGUGGUUCCUACUUCCCGAUACCCCGGAAAGCGCCUACUUCUUCACCGCCGAAGAGAAGGCAUUCGCAGCUGCUCGGCUUAAACGCCAAACUGGCUACACGGAUAAAGCCGCUGAAUUCCAUUGGGAUGAUGUCAAGAAAUGUUUCAAGGACUGGAAAGUAUGGGUAUUCUGCUUUGCGCAGUUUGGCUCCGAUACCAUGCUUUACGGUUACUCGACUUUUUUGCCUACCAUUAUUCGUUCCAUCAAUACUACGGCUAGCAGCGCUAUGAUACAGGUUCUCACAAUUCCCUGCUACGCAUUGGGCGCCAUCACUUACCUUGUGGUUGCACGCUUCUCCGAUAGGCAGCAGAAGCGCGGGCUUUACAGUGUCCUACUGGGUGUCGUUAGUAUCGUAGGAUAUGCCAUGCUCAUUAGUCCGGCGAGUUCGGGUGUCCAUUACGCUGGCUGCUUCCUUGUUGCCAUGGGGUUAUACGUUUGUGUCGGUUUGCCGCUCGCGUGGCUACCGACUAAUCUCCCGAGAUACGGCAAAAGGACUACCGCCACUGGACUGCAGCUCAGUAUUGGAAACUGUGCUGGAAUCAUGAGCGCUUUUAUAUAUCCAACGCAUGAUCGACCCCGAUUUAUCAAAGGCCACGGCAUCACAAUGGCCAUGGUGGGCUUUGCAAUCGUUUGCUACACCAUAAUGUGGUUUCAUUUAGGGAGCAUCAACUCAAGUCGUGAAAAGGGAGAGGAAGAGAACAGGGUAGAGGGUAUGAGUGAGGAGGCAAUCGCGGAAAUGGGAGAUGAUAGCCCAAGAUUUAGAUAUACAAUCUGA